CAGCCAAUGGAGAAGCUACGGAUGGCAAGACCUGCUGGUGCUUGGACGCCUGGGAAGACAUUGUUGGAGACGGGGGCUGGGGAAAGGGUGCUGGAAGCGCCACCGGGAUGGCUCCGGCAUUUCUUGCGACCGCCUUCUCUCCCUGGAGUUGCCGGACCGCAGCACAGCCAAUUGGCUCAGAGAUGUGGUGGACAGCCGCUGCCCUACGGGGCUAUGCGGCAGGACUUCUGCCUGGUGAUUGACGCCUUGGAAGUGAGGUGUAUGAUGUCAUCGCACAGUCAGCCAAUAGAAACAGCUCCCGCGGAGAGACGUUCCUCCCCUUCGACUCCGUUUCUUCGCGCGCGGGAGCGCGCCGAGAGGGUGGGGGAAUUCUCCGGCACGGUGGCGCGCAUGAGCGGCGACGCUCCGCCCUCCCGCCUAUAUAUAAAGGGCUGGCGCGGGGCUCGGCGGCGCCAUUUCGCGCUGGAGCGGAGCAGCCUCUAGAACGAGCCGGAGGAUUCGGCCUACUGAUACACAGAGCCUUCGAGUCGUCUGGGGCCGCCAUUACAAUCCACGUCCAUCCACUUGGAAAUGGCCUUCGUCUCGGCCUAUGACCAGCCCUGGCGGAUAGUACAGACCCCAUAGAAGCCCCCGAAGCUCCCCUUUUCCGGGCCCCGCCCAAUCCUCGGAGUCUAUCCACCCCCUCUACUCCGCCCUCAAGAGGAUUUCAAAGAUGGAGGCGGCGGCUCCUUAAACCACUUUUCCUGUUCAUCCGCCUCCAUCCGAGGUCGAACCGGGACUUUGCCCUCCUCGGAGGGCCCCGGCAGGAAGAGGGGACCCCUGCAGCUCAACAGCGGGCAGUAUUGACGACGGUGUUGGGGAUCGUGGGCCGUCCUUGCAUUGGAAGAGCCGGUACCCCCGGCGCCCGCCCGCCAGCCACAGCUGAGGCCGCCGCCAUUUUCUCGCUGGCCGCCGCCUGUAGAGCGCACCGAGGGCUCGCGGAGCUCUGCGGAGGAGCCUGCUUCGUGCCAGCUUGCUGCGAGGUUGUCGCCUGGAGAGUCAAGGGCAACGGCCCUCCCCCGCCUCCCGGGUUAUGCUGGACCCGGCGGUGAGGGGAACCGAGGCCACCCGGACUGCCCGCGGCUGAGGUCGGCGCCGAUUCCCCGCGGUCGAGAUGCUGCAAAACGUGACUCCCCACAAGCUCCCUGGGGAGGGGAAUGCGGGGUUAUUGGGGCUGGGCCCAGAGGCAGCAGCUCCAGGGAAAAGGAUUCGGAAGCCCUCUCUGCUGUAUGAGGGGUUUGAGAGCCCCACAAUGGCUUCUGUGCCGGCAUUGCAACUGACCCCAGCCAACCCACCACCUCCUGAGGUGUCCAAUCCCAAGAAGCCAGGACGGGUCACCAACCAGCUACAAUACCUGCACAAGGUGGUAAUGAAGGCACUGUGGAAACAUCAGUUUGCUUGGCCAUUCCGGCAGCCGGUGGAUGCUGUCAAACUGGGUCUGCCGGAUUAUCACAAGAUUAUAAAACAGCCUAUGGAUAUGGGCACCAUUAAGAGGAGACUUGAAAACAACUAUUAUUGGGCUGCCUCAGAGUGUAUGCAAGACUUCAAUACUAUGUUCACCAACUGUUACAUCUACAACAAGCCCACUGAUGACAUAGUCCUGAUGGCACAGACACUGGAAAAGAUCUUCCUGCAGAAAGUGGCAUCGAUGCCUCAAGAGGAGCAGGAGCUUGUGGUGACCAUCCCGAAGAACAGCCACAAGAAGGGGGCCAAGUUGGCAGCCCUGCAGGGUAGCAUCGCCAGUGCCCAUCAGGUGCCUGCUGUCUCUUCUGUGUCACACACGGCCCUGUAUACUCCAUCACCUGAGAUCCCUACCACUGUCCUCAGCAUUCCCCACCCAUCAGUGAUCUCCGCUCCCCUCCUCAAGUCUUUGCACUCCGCCGGGCCUGCGCUCCUGGCUGUCUCUGCAGCCCCUGCAGCUCUGCCUCUCGCCAAGAAAAAAGGUGUGAAAAGGAAAGCAGAUACCACCACGCCUACACCUACAGCCAUCCUGGCUCCUGGUUCUCCUGCUAGCCCUCCUGGGGCUCUUGAGCCUAAGGCAGCACGGAUUCCCCCAAUGCGAAGAGAGAGUGGCCGCCCCAUCAAACCACCCCGGAAGGACCUGCCUGACUCUCAGCAACAGCACCAGAGUUCUAAGAAAGGAAAGCUAUCGGAACAGUUGAAACAUUGCAAUGGCAUUUUGAAAGAGUUGCUCUCCAAGAAGCAUGCUGCCUAUGCUUGGCCUUUCUAUAAACCGGUGGACGCUUCUGCUCUUGGCCUGCAUGACUACCAUGACAUCAUUAAGCACCCCAUGGACCUCAGCACUGUCAAGCGGAAGAUGGAGAAUCGCGAUUACCGGGAUGCACAGGAGUUCGCUGCUGAUGUGCGGCUUAUGUUCUCCAACUGCUAUAAGUACAAUCCCCCAGACCACGAUGUUGUGGCCAUGGCACGAAAGCUGCAGGAUGUCUUUGAGUUCCGAUACGCCAAGAUGCCAGAUGAGCCCCUGGAGCCUGGGCCUUUACCAGUCUCCACCGCUCUGACCCCUGGCCUGGCCAGGUCAUCAUCUGACUCCUCCAGUGAUGAGAGCAGCAGCGAGACCUCCUCGGAGGAGGAGGAGGAAGAGGAAGAGGAGGAGAGUGAGAGCUCUGACUCGGAAGAAGAACGAGCACAGCGAUUGGCAGAGCUCCAGGAACAGCUUCGCGCUGUACAUGAACAACUGGCUGCUUUGUCCCAAGGCCCAAUAUCCAAGCCCAAGCGGAAGAGAGAGAAAAAGGAAAAGAAGAAGAAACGGAAGUCAGAGAAGCAUCGAGGCCGAGCUGGGGUUGAUGAAGAUGACAAGGGGCCCAGGGCACCGCGCCCCCCUCAGGCUAAAAAAUCCAAGAAAGCAAGUGGGAGUGGCGGUGCCGCUACACUGGCACCUCCAGGCUUUGGACCUUCUGGUGGAAGUGGCACCAAACACCCAAAAAAGGCCACAAAGACUGCCCCACCUGUUGUGCCGCCCGGCUUUGAUUCAGAGGAGGAAGAAGAAAGCAGGCCCAUGAGUUACGAUGAGAAGCGGCAGUUGAGCCUGGAUAUUAACAAAUUGCCCGGAGAGAAACUGGGCCGAGUAGUGCACAUAAUUCAAGCCAGGGAACCCUCGUUACGCGACUCGAACCCAGAAGAGAUUGAAAUUGACUUUGAAACGCUCAAGCCAUCCACACUCAGAGAGCUUGAGCGCUACGUCCUUUCCUGCCUACGAAAGAAACCCCGGAAGCCCUACACCAUAAAGAAACCCGUGGGGAAGACGAAGGAGGAGCUGGCUUUGGAGAAGAAGCGCGAGCUAGAAAAGCGCUUACAAGAUGUCAGCGGGCAGCUCAAUUCCACCAAAAAGCCCCCUAAGAAAACCAGCGACAAGACGGAGUGCUCGGCCGCGCAGCAGGUAGCCGUGUCCCGCCUCAGCGCUUCCAGCUCCAGCUCCGCAUCCAGCUCGUCCUCGUCCUCUUCGUCGUCUUCAGACACCAGUGAUUCAGACUCAGGCUAAGGGGCUAGGCCAGAACGGGCAGGAGGCUCCGCAGGACCGGACCCCUAGAUCACCUGCCUCGCCCCUCCACCCAGUCCCCCCUUUUGGCUGUGACGUUUCCUCAUCUCACCCUCCACUGUAGGAGAGCUGGCUCUACGGCGGGAGGGGUGCAGGGACAUUUACUGAAGGAGGGAUAUGUGGACAAAGAUCCUGCUGCAUUCCCAGCCACCACGGGAGUGACCUUGGGCACGGUCAUAAAGCCCCCGCUGGAGUGGAUGGGGCCAGGGGUACAGGGUGGGAGUGGGCAAAGGCCCUAAAACGGUGUUACCCAAGGCCAUCGCUGCCCUGUGUUGAGAUUGAUCGUUCUAAUUUAUUUUAAGCUAGGUAAGGCUAGGGGGUGGAGAUAACGUGUGCCCCCCUAGCCCUCAUAGGGAGGGAAGAAGGGGGGAUCUUUUUUUUUACGUUGACUUUUGUUUUCUACCGUUUCCCCUUUCUCCUACAUUUGGGACUCCUGGGGUUUCAACAGUCAUCUCCCCAUUUGGUCCCCUUGGACUGUCUUUCUCCUUGUCUGUUGAUUCUAACUUGUAAAUAAAGAAAAUAUUAUUCAAGUUCUGAGUUAAUAGCAAUCUUA